AUGGGGAAGGAGGCCUAUGCAAAGACCCGCAAGGACCUCCUACGCAAAGUUCAGCAACACGGGGUCCUCGCCGAGCUAGCCCUUGCCACAACGGAUCGUGUGGAAGAGCUUCUGGAGGAGCUCCACGAACAGCGGCGGACGUUGGGAGGUCGCAGAGAUGUAUCUUGCCGGCAGCGCGGGAUCAAGGAUGUUGCGGUCGCCUCCCUGUCGCCAGCUCUUGAGAUCAGUGCCUUCUUCGACAACGUUGAAGCUGCGGUGCGCGUCGUCUACAAGAAGAUAUCAGACCUGGAGGAGAUGAGGCCGCUGAUCCAUCUGCGGCAGUCCCUGGAGAAGCCCCAUGUGUCUGCCGGGAGGAGCCCUGUCCCCCAAGUUCCUGCCGGAAGCUGGAAAUGCUUUCCUCCGUGGAGACC